CAUGCGCCGGCUCUUCUACAAAAGCGAGAAGGAGCGAGACUGAGCAAUCCGCUUCACCUUAGAUGCUACUAUUUCUCACUGCAUGUCGUCGCUUAGCUCAACGGUCAUGGCAUCAUCGGAGCAUACUAUCGCCCGCAGCGCCAAGCACCAGCGGACAGUGGAGGCGUUCGACGCAGCGUCCUCCCCGCACCCAAUUGUCGUAGGACACAUGUGCAAACAGGACAAGAGCGGCCACAGCUUCAGCAAGAGGUAUUUCGCACUCUAUGAAGGCGGUCUGUUGGUGUACUACACGCACAAACGAGAGUUUGAGGACGAUGUGAAGAAACGCAAAGGAAUGCCCCUACACUGUACACUGGUAAAGCUGGAUGGACUGUAUCUAACAAGACCCAAGGCUUUGUUCCGUGGGAUCAGGCACAGUUUCACUCUGCACACUCCAGAGAGCUCCAACCAUAGACAGGAAUUCAUCCUCGUGUGUCAGACCAAGAAAGACAUGAGGAUCUGGGUAGAGCAGCUACAAUCACAGAACACAAGUCUGACGCAGAGCGUGAUACCGCACAAGACUCCGUGCUACAUUCAGAGGAUGAGGCUACAGCACACUUCCUUACAGUCCGUGCUCUCUGUUGACAACAUGGACUCUGCCUGGCUCAGCACGGGGAGCUACAACCCUGGCGAUGUCGCCCUCAUAUUCAAUGCUGACAGUCCUUCCAUCCUCUCCACAGACUCCAACCAUUCUGAAGAAUUGACUGAGAUCUAAUUUGUGUCUCUCAUUGUCUGUCCAAAGAUUAUAAUAUGUAAAAUUUUCCACUCAUUCUUGUUAUACUGAAAUGAGAUUGCCUGCAUCAGUUGAUACAAAAAACAUAAACAGCAUUGCAGCGGUAUAUAAAAUGUAUAAGGUUCAGUUGUUGUCCUCUUCCGUGUCACUGGGCCCUUCUCUGAUGCUGAGUUGUCGAAUAUCGAGAUAGUCCACUGACAUUGACGCACAUGAAUCGCUGGAGGCCACUUUCUGAAUAUCGUGACGCGGGGAGCCGGGACGAGCUGGAUGAUCAGUCACCAGCAUGCUCGGGUGUGUUACUACGUGGUGAUGUUGGACACCGUUGCUGGAGGUGCUGCUACUGCUGUCAGAUCUGCGAGGGAUCUGUGGGGUGUCUGGAUGGAUAUGUAGAGAGUGGUCCUCCGAUGACAGCAAGGCUGGAUUCUGCUCUUGGAGGGCCUCGAUCCAGUGCUUGCGCUCUUCCCUGCUUUCAGUGACAAGAAGGAAGUC